AUGGAGGUGCCUGUAAAAUGGCUUUCGGUGAAAAGGGAUGUUAGUGAAUUGGAGGCUGAAAAAUUGCUUGUUGCUUCAGCUUCUUAUGGUUCCGAAUCCACAAAAAUUAAAUAUAGAGAAAAUAAAACUAAAUGUUACACUUUUCUUCCUUUAGAAAUUGAUCAUAUUCUGAAACUUACAAAAAGUCAUAAUACAUCAUACUCAUUUCUUUCUCCAACCGGCUAG